CGAAGCCGCGAGCCACCUUGAGAAUGAGCGGCGCCGCCCGCUUUGCCGACGCCAGAGCCCACCUAGUGUCCGCCCUCGACGCCGGCGCCCGCGACCCCCGCUGUCUCAAGCGGCUUCUCGCCCGCGCCGUCGUCUCCGGCCUCCUCCCGGACCCCUUCGUCUCUUCCCGCUUCGUGGCCGCUGCCGCACCCUUCGACAUCCCCCUCGCCCUCCUCGCCUUUCGCGCCGCCCUCCCCCGCCCCUCCGCCUUUGCCUUCGCCUCUCUCAUCCGUGCCCACUCCUCCGCUCUGGACCCCUCCCCUGCAUUCUCCCUCUUCGCCCUCAUGCUCCGCUCCGACCUCUACCCCGACCGCUUCGUCCUCCUCUCCCUCCUCCGCGCCUCCAUCAACACCUCCUCGUUGCCCACCUUGCUCUGCCUGCAUACCGUCGCCCUUCGACACGGCCUCCUCGGAGACCUCCACGUCGCCACCUCCCUUCUCCACGCAUACGCCUCCCUGGGGCUUUUGCCGGCCUCCACACAGCUGCUCGCCGAAAUGCCCCACAGAUCCACGGUCACUUACAGUGCUCUCAUCUCCUGCUGCGCAAGGGCAGCUUGGCACCAUCACGGCCUCUGCAUAUUCGCAGAAAUGACAAAGCACGGGACUCACCCCGACGCAUUCGUCGUUGUGGCCGGCCUUCAAUGCUGUGCUGGUCUCGGUGCUCUGGGUCACGGCCGCAGCAUGCACGCCCUGUUGCUGCGCCAGCUUAUUUGUUUGACCUCUGAAGUGGGCACGAGCCUUUUGCAAAUGUACACCAAGUGCGGAUGCUUGGAGGCUGGCAGGAGGGUGUUCCAUCAAAUGGAGACUGUAAGAGAUGUAUCGGCGUGGACUGCGAUGAUUGGUGGACUGGCCAUGCACGGCCGUGGUCAGGAAGCCAUAGCUCUCUUGGAUCAUGGCAUGAGGGCAGACGAUGUUGCUCCGGACAGUAUGGCAUUCACUUGUGCACUGCAUGCUUGCAGUCAUUGUGGCCUAGUCGAAGCAGGGAUAAAGCUUUUUAAUGAGAUGAAAGAAGUUUAUGGAGUUGAGCCUAGAAUGGAGCAUUAUGGAGCAAUGGUGGACCUACUUGGUCGCGCAGGGAAGCUGGAAGAGGCAAAGAACAUUGUCGAAUUGAUGCCUUUCAAGCCCAACCGGGUUGUUUUGGGUGCUCUGCUACAUGCCUACACUGUUAAUGGUGGAUCGAUGCUCGGGAAGCAACUGGAGAGGCAAUUGUUAGGAUUAGAAUUAGAAGCAAGGAAACAGGAGGGUGGAUUCUUUGUUGGGGUGUCUAAUGUGUAUGCUAGAGUUGGCAGGUGGAAUGAGGUGAACUUGAUUAGGCAUAAAAUGGUUAAAGAAGGGUUGAAGAAGGAGAAAGGGUUUGCCUUAGUGGAGGCCGAGGGCAGGUUGCAUAAGUUUAUGGUGGGAGAUACAAGUCACCCACUAACAAUGGAAUUGUACAGAAUUUUGCAUGGAUUGGAUAGGAGUAUAAUGUUAGAAUGAUGGUUCAAGAGUGCAUUUCAGAGAUGAUAGAACCAAUUUGCCACCAUGGUCAAGCAUUCUAUAGCACCAUUUUCCUUUGGUGUCAUAUAGAUUGUUCAAAAUGGUCAGUUGGUAUUUCAGAUGUGCCAAGCGUGCAGGAUUCAAGCAGCAACAUUUAUUCAUCUUUCAAUACAUCAACAAGAGACUUUUGGUUCUCUGAAUUGGCAAGCCACUUCCAGAAAGCAUCAGUCUCUUGGUAACUUUCUAAGUAACUCACAUCUUUUGGUAUCAUAUAGUCCACUUAUCACUGAUUGAUUCUUUUCGCUGCACUUCACUUGUUCAGCAUGUUAUUGUGUCUCCCUUCUCAGUUAUGUGAUGAGUCGUUCCUUGUACUUGGCAUGUUUGGCAUGCUUGAAAGAAUACUUGACACUUCAUGGAUCCAACUACUUUGGGUGCUGCAGAAUCACCAAGUUAUGUCAGACUUCUAGUUGUAGUCUUUUCUAACCACUUUUGUUUGUUAAGAUUUACCCUUUUACAUCUUCCCAUUUCCCAGCAUAAGAAUAUUAUAGGAUUAUGAUCGAGGAAAUGGAUUGGCAUGUGUUUCCUACUAGAAGGGAAGGGGUGAAUCA